UACACAAAACCUUGUGCAGAGCUUCCUUCCCAGCUGUGCAAGAAUGGAAACUGAAGCUUUCGAAGAGGAAUUAACUUGUGCUGUGUGUCUCCAUGUGUACCAGGACCCCGUCAUACUGCCCUGUCAGCACAGUUUCUGCUUGAACUGUAUCAACAAUACUUGGAAAGAUGUAAACAUUGAGUCGGGUGUCAGCUGUCCUCAAUGCCGCAGGACAUUCAAACCUAAGCCCCAACUGCAGAAAAACUUCACUUUGCGCAAUAUCGUGGAGAAAUACCACCAGUCCCAAGUUACUGCUGCUGAAUCUGCCCCUGUCAUGUGUGAGUACUGCAUGGAGAAUCCAUCUCCAGCUGUGAAGACCUGUCUCAAAUGCGACACCUCAUUUUGUUCCCUUCAUUUAAAGCCACAUUUGAUAAAGAAAACUUACCAGGAUCACAUCCUGAUCGAGCCUCUAGGCGACCUUACGAAGAAACAAUGUCUGGAUCAUAAGAAGAUUCUUGAGUUUUACUGCGAGCAGGAUGAACAGUGUGUGUGUAUAUCUUGUACAGUGAUAGGGAAACACAAAUCUCACACUCUCCUGAGCCUGGAUCAGGCAGAAGCUAAAGUCAAGGACAAAUUGAAGAAAGAAAGGGGGGAUCUUCGUGAAGUUCAGAACAAAUUUUCAACUGAUCAAGAAGACUUGAAGAAAGCAGAAGAUGAAGUAAAGACACGCUCCAAUGAGCUGAGAGAACAGCUAUCGACAAAGUUCUCUGAAUGGAGGAAGCAACUGGAAGAAGAUGAGACAUAUGCCAUUAAACUGAUUAACGAUGAGGAGAAUCGAGUGCUCUCUGACAUUAGGAGCAAAGCAACAUCACUGGAAGAAAAGCUAGAACAGAUUAAAUUAAUACAUAUUGAAACAGAGAAACAACUGAAAAUGGACUGCCUUUCCUUUCUUCAGGAAUCUAAACAACUCCUUUCCAGAAUUUCACAGAUGAAAAGUGACAUGGGAGCAGUGGAUAAUUACAAAACAUCAAGUCAGUGGGAAAUAUUCAGUCUCUCACCUAACCAGUGUUAUGGGAAAAAGUAUCAUCGCGUUAACAAGCCUUUUUUGAAUCGAACCAUGAAGGAUUAUGCACAAUACCAGCAAUCCUCAAGACCUGUUGGCACUCAGAAAAUGACUCUGAACCUGUCUAAUAUUUACCAAUCUAUGUGGCAGAGGAUGAACCAAGCUCAGAUGUACCAGUCAGCAGUGCUGAACAUUAUAAGUUCAAUUCCAGAUGGCUUAGCAUGUGACUAAACCUCAAGCUGUGGAGAAGUCACUGAGAGGAUGCCACAAGAUUACAUGUGUCAAGCAUCAAGCAUAAUUACUUUUAAAGCAAAUACUAUCUUCUUUACUGGGAAGCAUAUGCUGGCUGACUUACUCCUUCUGCCACUUAUUGAUUAUUUCAAAAGAAAGGUUUGGUGAAUUGAUUAUCACAUUGCCUUUCAAGUUCACUGGUUGGUUCCCUAUGCUUACAUUAUGUUAAGGUAGUAAUAGGGAUUUCUGAUCAAGCUCUCGAAAUGCUGCAUUAACAGCUACCAUGGGUUUUCUGGCUCUUUUGGAACAAGCAAUCGCAUAUCUACUGCUGAAAAUUAGAAAAUAUCUGAAUAUAUAUUCAAGAUUAUUUUGCUAAUCUCUUCCUUCUCAAAUGCUGACUUUCUAUUGUUGCUUCCUCUUGUUUCUUAAGCUUUGUAUUAUUUCUUAAAUUAAUCCUGUUUCCUGGUCUCACCUAGCAUUUGAUCACUCUGAGGAUUGGAAAAUCUCCAGAAACCUCAAACUGGCAUCAUCUUUCUGCUUCUAUGGUGUUUCUGAAAGAAUCCAUCUUCUGUAUCCUAUGUCAAAUGUCUUGUGCACCAUUGUAAGAUGGUCCAAAGACAUCCAUCUUUAGGUAAAGAUCUUAGGUUUCUGGAGUAAUUCCUCAAAGUUCAACAUUCUAAUACUGACAAUAACCUUGUUGGUUUCCACUUAGUUCUCUUUCAUCUCUGUUUUCACCUGCCACAAUUACUCAAUGGGAAUUGCAGGUUGCCGACCACCAUUCCGAUGACUCUAAUACAGAUCUGCUUUUUAUUCUGUUUAGCCCAGCCUUAUGAAUGUGGUGAGUGAUGUAUCAAGUAAUUCCCCAAUUCAUUUUUUGGCAGGUUUAUCCUGUUCUAUUUUGUAUCAGUCAUUCCUAUUUAAUAGUAAUUGGUUUCCUUUUGAGUUGAUCAAAGUACAGCAGUCAUCCACGUUUUUACAACACAAGUUACCAAUGAAACUUAAAUUUUGUUUUAAGUUGGGACCCACUCUUCAGGGAUCAAAUUGUCAAUCAUGGCCUGAUCUCCAGGUUGGGCUCUCAGUAACACAAAUAUGUUCACAGAGAUCAGAAGAAUUUCCAACAUUACCUAAAUCCUACAGAGGUCUUUCAAUGUUGACAGCCUUGCUGGAGUACACAAAGAUCCUCUGUUUACAAAGCCACCCUCAAAUCCUCAGAUAAACAUGGGCUAUGUUCAAUAUUUCAAUUGGAAACCUUCACUCAAGGUAAACACAGAAGGUAUAUCCUUCCUUCUGCCUUUUCCAGUGUGCGGGACUGAUUUCAAGUUUCUUUUGCUUGAAUCUACUCGUUUCUUUUUGUUUCAUAUUCUCAAGUAAAUCAAGCUGACAAUUUUCAUGGUGAAUAUUCUGUCUGCAACAAAUAAAGUAACUGAAGGAUGAUAUGAGAUAUAACAUGGAAUUGGUGAUUGUAUUGGAAUAACACAUAUCCAAAUGUAUUGAUUUGAUAGAAAUUGCAUUGGCUUUCUGCAGCAAAGACUAUAUCUAUAUUUGAAAUAAAGUUUGAAGUAAGCAA